AGGUGGUUAGAUGUAGGCAUAGGCCACCUGACCAGCGCCCCAUGCUGGGUGAUCUACCUACGGGUUCUCCAGGACGCGGUGUGGCCUGAUGGUGAACUGCCUGCGGUGCCACGUCCCGAGAGGAGCCCAGAGCAGAGAGAGAAGACCAGACUCCAGUGCCUGCAGUGCCUCAUGCAGCUGUUCCCAGAGUUAAUUACAGACAUGCUGGGCUCUGAGAAAUGCAGGCUGGUGUGGGAGCAUGUGCUGGAGUCUCUACAGGACCAAAGUAUAAACAGGCAUUUGGUCUACUGUAUCUUUGACCUGCUUCUGGAGUUCCUCGUUCCGGAAUUUUCAGAUGAGUUGUUCCAGAGGUUUUUACUUCAGAGUCUCCCUGGGGAUGUCGAGAGAAAACCAUCAUCUGCCUGAGGACACAGUGUUUCUUUCCUCCCUGUUUCUGAAUGCAGUGUUUUUCGGAUGAGCA